GAGGAGUCGAGCCCAGCAGUAGACUCUAAGAGGUAACCGGCUAUUGGGAAUUUCUCACAGACCUAGAUUUGUAUCACCGCAACAUGAGUGAAUUCACUGGAAGCAGGAUUCCAUCGCCCUGUUGAGCCUUGUUGAGCUGAGAGGUGUGGGCCAUAAGACAAAAGGCCUGCAAGACUGGGUCCAACCCCCAGUCAAUAUGGGGAGCCAAUCUACAUCUGAAGCGAUUGCUGUUACAGUUAACCACAACAUCACUGUUGUAGGAAAAUUGUGGCUGCUUGUUAUGGUUUUCCUGCGUAUUGUCAUCCUCAUCUUUGCUGGAUACCCACUUUAUCAGGAUGAGCAGGAGCGAUUUGUUUGCAACACAAUUCAACCAGGCUGCUCAAAUGUUUGUUAUGAUCUAUUUGCUCCCUUGUCCCUCUUCCGUUUCUGGUUGUUUCAGUUAACCUUGCUCUGUCUACCAUAUGUGACAUUUGUUACCUACAUCAUUCACAAAGUGCUAUCAGAUUUUGCUGUUUUCUCUGACGCCUCACACAACAUGAAAGCCAUUGAAAUCCAGCAGGGAUCUCCCCAGAAAGGAGGACUGCGUAAGGCAAGUCGCAUUCAAGCAGAGCUCAGCAUGUUGAGGAACUUCAAUGGAGCUUACAUCCUCCAGCUGCUCCUACGGAUUCUUCUGGAGGCAGGAUUUGGGGCAGCUCACUACUAUCUCUUCGGAUUUUACAUUCCCAAGCGCUUCUUGUGCCAGCAAUCACCUUGCACAACUACAGUGGAUUGCUAUGUCUCCAGACCCACAGAGAAAACUGUUAUGCUGAACUUCAUGUUGGGGACAACGGCCCUUUCCCUUCUUCUCAAUAUUUUGGACAUGAUCUGUGCCAUUAAGCGCUCAGUGAGGCAGAAGUCCAAAAGGAGGAUGCUAGUGCGGAAUAUGUAUGAGGAGCAGCAGUAUUACCUCUCACCAGGAGAAAGCCAGGGAGCCAUUGAUGCUAAUGUGUCCAUAGUAGAGGAAAUGGUGGCGUCAGUAGCAAAUGGAAGUUUCAGGAAAAGAGGAAUGAGUAGGUCCAGCAGGGAUGAUGGUGUGUCAGCAGAUCUGGAGGAUCCUCCUUGUGGUCGAGGAACACCUCUUGUUCCCAUGCUGGGUCCUGUGAAUGCUAACAGUGGGCAUAAUGGCUAUCUAACACCCACGCAGGAAGAAUGCCCUGAGAGAGAGGGCAGUGAUGUGGCACUGUGUCCUACAGAGCAAAUUGGUACGCCCAGGCCCAUCCGGGUCAGUAAACGGAGUCGUCUUAAACCACCCCCACCACCCAGACGGGAUAAGCCUCCUGGGACAAGUUCUGUAGAUGUGGUUACAGCAGCUACAGCAGUCUGUACCAGAAGAGUAGGACACUACACAUUGGUAGAGAUGAGCGGCCCUGACAUGCCCUCAAACAGUAGUGACAACCAGGAGAAGAAGUCGGAGUGGGUCUGACAUACAGACAUAAGUACAAAACAGACAACAAGUGUUUUCUAUCCCAAGUGUGUAGUCUAUGUUAAGGUGAAUUGUAUAUUAACUAUUGGUUUAUAUAUUUGAAGGCUAAAGCACAUACUGUCUAAGUGCUUAUGCACAAGAUCCUUGGUACUUCUCCAAAUAUUUGUUUCCCUUUGCAGCCCACCUGGUCUUGUUUGUAUCACCAUCCCUUUUUGUCUCCACAAACAAAGGCACCUUGACCUGUCCUCACCCCACUCAGAGGUCACAGUCAUUCUAAAAUGGGAGGUAUACAGCUGUAAGGCUGAGAAAAACAGUUGACUCAGUUGUCUGUCACUGCAUCUACCAUUUAUCCCCAUUGACAUUAUUAUUCAUUCUUACUAUUUAGAAACUAGCUGGACAGAUUGUGCACCACUUUGAACAUCCUGCAGUGUAAGAACUUUAUAUCCAAGGAAGUCAGACCUGAAGCAGAAGAUUAGCAAAACAAUUACAAGGCAGAUUUAAGAAUGGUAUUUAUGGAAACGACUUGUCACACUAUUUCAAGGUGCUGGGGGCUUCAGUUUGAGCUUUGGAGAUAUAUACAAACCCUUAAAAUAGAGCCUUGUAGAACUGUGUAAUGUGAAACCUCUAUGAUGUCUAACCUCCCCCAUCACCACUUCAACCUCUCUGCCAUGCGAUCCACUGUCAGUCUCAGUUUCUCUCUACCUUGGCAACCCAAUAUCACAGAAAGGUAAACCUAACAAUUUACAAGGGAUUGAUGUUCUGGUGUAUUAGAAUAAAAUAAUAAUAAAAAAAACUUAUGAGUGCUUUGGAAGCAAUUGUACGUGUGUAACUCUCCUUUUGAAGACAGGGAAAUGCUUCCCUCUAGUGGUGUGCAGUCACAUUACAGUUAGGACUGAGGAUGUGAAUUUCAAGUAGGCUGGAGUAGAGCUAGGCCUACUAAUGAGCUAAAUUAAGAUCUUUUUUAAAAAAAGACAAAAGACUAACAUUUAUACCGUAAUCAGUUAUCGAUAUGAUGACAUGUAUUUUCGUUUUAUUUUAAAAGAAGUUUUUUCAGUUUUCAUACACAACCCUGCAUACUGUACCACAGCAACUAGACUUCCCAAUAGAAUAAUGAAAGAUCAAAUGAGCAGACAUAUCAAUUACGUUUUAAAGGGUGGCUAAGGUUAGUCUAGUUUGGGCAUUUUGGC